CAUGCGCAGAAGAGGCUGCGCACAAUUUUGGCUGUAAUGGAUGGUGUGAGUUCUCUCUGAAAUCAAGGGCCGUGGAGGGUUUUAUAUCCACGAACAUCGCCCAAAUUAUACGUCUGGUUGCUUCCCAGAGCCGCUAAUGUGAACUGGAACAAAUUUUAACACAUUAGUAUGUGACCAUUUCCGACCAAUAUGAAACUACAGAGAGUUUACACUGAAUAUUAAAGCGAAUAUGAACAAGAAGCAAGCGGGUCGAGUAUUAUUUUCUGUUAUGUGGGACCAUUUUCAUGCACAGCGAGCCUUACUGCUUCAGACCUCAGAAACCGUGUGCAAGGAGAGCUAAAACGUCUGUUUAAACUUUGAAGUCGAGCAAGGAUAAGCAAACUAAAACAAGGGGAGCCCGUGUGUUUUGUUCUUUUUGAGAUCGAGAGAGGAGCUAGCUUAGCUGCAGCUAGCCGCGCUAGCGCAAUGCGUUGCUUGAGGCACCCUGAAAGCGACCAGUGAUACCAUCGUGAAGGACAGGAAUAAGAUUUAUCUUUAAAAAGGUGUUUUUGUUGGGUCUACACUCUUGGAUAGUGUUUGAAUCCAUUUAAAGGAGCUACAUCUUGCAAAACUGGACUGACUGGGAUGACUACUGGAUAAGCCGAGCUCGCGCGCAUCUUUGUUUUGGUUGCUUCUCUUGCAGGAUUUUGCACUUUUACACGCUACUGAGUGAUUUGCUGUUCAUGUGCUGUUUUGACCGUACAGGCCCGCGUCUCCGGAGGACAGCAGUCGCUGUAGCGUGGAGGCAUGCCUGGAUCAGACCGCCUGCAUGGGACCAAGAGGAAAGGUGAACAGCAGGCGACCGAUGGGCACGGCCAAACGGGUCCGCCUUUGCACGCCGGCUCCGGGAGGCAUCCCACCAAGUCGUCGAGCUCGUCUACUUCUAAGCACAAACGAAACAAGCCGAAACAUGAGGCCGAGACCGCCGCCUCCGCGCCUCCGGUAAUAGGCGCCAUCAAGCCGCUGGUGGAGUAUGACGACAUCAGCUCCGACUCGGACACUUUCCUGGAUUCUCCCACUCGUGCGAAACCGGCGGAAAACAGAGACGCGGAACGGAUAGACUUGUCGGAGGUUAGUGCGGGGAAUAGGACUCUCAAACACAAGCGUUCCAGGAAGAAGUCUAAAGACCCCAACCGGGCCCGGGAGUCAGAGGAGAGCGCAGGGAGCGACAAAAAGAGUUGUAAGGAGCGGGAGAGAGGGAGUAAAGAGAGCAAGAGGAAAGACAAGGAGAAGUCUAGCUCAGAAGUGUGCCUUGCUUCCACCUCCAGGCGACCAGGUGAGUCUGUUAGUAAGAGAUCAAGUGACUCCCUCACAUCAGCUGUGGUACAGCCAGCUGUGAAUUUAGGAAGCAGUGCCUCCUCUGCCUCCUCCUCUCAGAGCAAAGAAAUCUCCCGUUCAUCAAAGUCUCGUAAAGACAAGCAGAGGAGAGAGGAACGGUUCGACAGGAGUCAUCGGAGAGCUACCAAGAGCCACAAGCCUAGUCCUAAAGGGAAGGGCCAGUCGCGGGGCAGCCCACGCCGGAAGGCCUCCGCCCAGUCGGUGAGUCCGAGGAGGAGUGGAGGGGAUAGUCCCUCAGCGGCCGAGCCGGAUAACAGUUACUCCUCCAGGCGCAGGGCUGCUAGUCCGAGUCCGUACAGGGAGCAACCCCGACGGAGUAGGCAGAGAUCGGAGAGUCCGUACGGACGGAGGAGGUCUUCAAGCUGCGAGAAGGAUGGAAGUCCCUAUGGCAACCGUCGGUCUUCAAGUACCAGUCCAGUGUCCAGGCGCUCUCAGCGUUCCCGAAGCCGUUCUCCUCACUACUCCUCUUCUCGCCGCUCCUCAUCUCAUUCUCGCACAAAGAAACAUUCUUUAUAUUCCGGAAGUGCCACCAGAGGCUCCUCCCACAGCAGUCGACCAGAAAGCCGCUCCCCUUCAUCUUCACGCCUACCAAUCACAUCCAGCCUUGGGGCUGAGCUGACACGGAGGAAGAAGGAGCGUCAGGCGGCUGCCGCCAAAAACUCUCCUUUGCUCCGCCUGAACACAUCCAACGUGGCAAAUGUGCCGGCGGAAAACACAGAGGUGACACUAGAGACUGCUCUGCCACCUGAGCCUCAAAAGCCACCCUCUCCACCUCCGAACACUGUUACGGUAGAGGAACAGACUGUGGCUCCUCCUCCACCGCUCCCGUUACCCAGUCCACCUCCGCUACCUCUCUCAUCUCCUCCGCCACCUCCGGCGAAAUCUCCGCCCCCUCUUCCUCUCUCGUCCCCGCCACCUCUCCCUCUAAACAGUCCUCUGCCAGCUCCUCCAUCCUCAGCGCCUGUGACGUCUGUUCCCUCUCGGUCAAAAAGCCCCACUCAGAAAUCUACACGAAGUCCUGCACACCUUGUGAAGACCUCCACACUUCCACUUCUUCCCCUCCCGCCAGUUCUUGUGGGAGACUGCAGGGACAGUCCAAAGAAGAGUGGUCUUUCCCACAGGUCAUCAAGAAAGGAAAGGGGGAAGGAGAAAAACAAGGAAAAAGAAGUUAGGACACGCCUUCUCAGUGAGUUGCCCCUCCCUCCAUUGCUUUCUGGGGGAGACCCCUCCCCUCCUCAGUCGCCUUUCCAAGAGCCCCCAGCCUUUCUGCAAUCAACCUACAAGAAGAGACCAAAGAUUUGCUGUCCGAGAUAUGGAGAGAAGAAACAUACUCAAAGUGAUUGGGGGAAGCGUUGUGUGGAUAAGUUUGACAUCAUCGGCAUUAUUGGAGAAGGAACCUACGGCCAGGUGUACAAAGCCAAGGACAAAGACACAGGUGAGCUGGUGGCGUUGAAGAAGGUGCGACUGGACAAUGAAAAGGAGGGUUUCCCCAUCACUGCCAUCAGAGAGAUCAAGAUCCUGAGGCAGCUCAACCAUCGCAGUGUUGUCAACAUGAAAGAAAUUGUCACAGAUAAACAAGAUGCCCUUGACUUCAAAAAGGACAGAGGUGCAUUUUAUCUGGUAUUUGAGUACAUGGAUCAUGACCUGAUGGGGCUGCUGGAAUCUGGACUGGUAUCUUUCUCGCAUGAGCAUGUGCAAAGCUUCAUGAGGCAGCUCAUGGAAGGAUUAGAUUAUUGCCACAAGAAGAACUUCCUACACAGAGACAUCAAGUGCUCUAAUAUCCUGCUAAACAACAGUGGUCAGAUCAAGCUAGCAGAUUUUGGUUUGGCUCGUCUCUAUAACUCAGAGGAAAGCCGGCCAUACACUAAUAAGGUGAUCACACUGUGGUACCGCCCACCUGAGCUGCUACUGGGGGAGGAGAGAUACUCGCCUGCUAUUGAUGUCUGGAGCUGUGGGUGCAUUUUAGGAGAGCUCUUCACUAAGAAACCAAUUUUCCAAGCCAACCAAGAACUUCUACAGCUUGAGCUGAUCAGUCGGUUGUGUGGUAGUCCAUGUCCUGCUGCUUGGCCAGAUGUGAUUAAGCUGCCAUACUUUAAUACUAUGCGACCCAAGAAACAGUACAGACGACGCUUAAGAGAGGAAUUCGCCUUUUUGCCCACUGCUGCUCUUGACCUGCUGGACCACAUGUUGACGUUAGACCCGUCGAAACGCUGCACAGCUGAGCAGGCCCUGGCGAGUCCGUUUUUGAGUGACGUGGAUCCCAGCAACAUGACACCACCAGAUUUGCCUCAUUGGCAGGACUGUCAUGAGCUCUGGAGUAAGAAGCGUCGGCGACAGAGGCAAAGCGGCGUGUCUGAGGAUCUUCCCGUUGCCAAAGUUUCCCGAAAGGAACCAGGAGGAGAGAACAGCCGCCCACCCCCAAAUCCACCACCACCACCCUCAUCUGCCCAUCCGGCACCGAAAAACAUCACAGCCAGUGAGCUUGAAGGUCUGGGAGCCGCUGCGGAGCAGUUGAACCAGACCGAGAUGGCGGUGUUACUAAACCUCCUUCAGGGCCGAACAGACAAUCUAAGCAUCUCACAGAUGGCCGAGCAUCUCCGCAGCUCCUCUUCUGAAGCCUCCACAUCGCUGCUCUCCGAAACGCCCGCCGCCCCCUCCACCCCUGAACCAGAACACGCACAGCCUCUAGAACUGCUUAGUCAACUCUCCACCUUAAUCCAGUCCUCUAGCAACCCACAGCCUUCAGAAGUUCCCCAGGAAGACCAGACCGGCCUGCUGGCGCUCCUGUUGCAACAGCUGAUAAAGGCCCCGACGCAGGGGGUGGAGCGAGCGGACGAAAGCAACGGAGUCCGGUCAGAAGAGGGCAUGGCACGAGGGGGCUCGGCUUCUGUCAUAGGCGGCGAUCGCGAGGAUGCCGAAUUGGCAAAGGCUGAGGCUUUAGCUCACGAUGUGACUUCAGACGUAGCAGCCACCCUGCUACAGCUCAUCUCCCAGCAGGCCUCUGAGAGCAGACAUCCUCCCGCAGAACUGGGAUGCUCCUUACCCUCGAGCACGACCCCUCUGCCGGCUUCCUCUUACGCCGCCUCGCCUGCUACAGGCCUGGCAAACGCUGGUGCUGAAACUCAGUUUACCCAGGAUCGAGACUUGCGGUACACCACAUAAAGUUGUGCAUUCUUUGUCUGAAAUGUAUUAUGAACUUUAUUUGUUGUUUAUUUUUGUAAUCAGUGUGCUUUAACUACACAUCACCUGUGUUUACUACUUAUUAAUAUAUUUCUUCCUUUAAAGGAAAAAGUGAAUGUUAAAGGGAUAGUUCACUCAAUCAUGUAAAUUCUGUCAUUUUCUCACCCUCAUGAAGUUAGGCAGUGUGAUAGUCACUUCACUUUCAUUGUAUGGAGAAAAACAUGCAAUCAGAAGGUUUGAAACAACAUGAGGGUGGGUAAAUGAUGACAGAAUUCUUGUGUAUGGGUGAACUGUCCCUUUAAAGGAUAAACUCUUGAAGGCUAAAUGGAUGAUGUUCAUCCCUCCCAACGAUGUACAGCGUUAUUUGGAGGCCGUCUUUUCCUGCAUUUCAACUGUAAAACUUGCAGCAACAAACUUUGAACCCGAGAUGAAGAUGCCACAUUUUUAGAUGGAGAUAGAUGUGAUUCUUUUGAGGGCUGCAUACAUUUCUGAAGUAAUUUUCUUGACUGACCUGAAUUUCUGUAAAGACACACUUGGUCCGGCUUACACUACUUUUAUUCUUUUGGUCUGAUCCAAUACAGCGAGAAAAGGAAAAUUAGGAAUUAUUUUCUUGAGCAGAACAUUGUUUUCUCAAAUUUUUACAAGCUCAUGUGCAAAAGGGGUGUUUUUAUUUAGAACUUCAUGGGGGGAAUCAGGUGGCCUUCUUUAAAUGCUUGUAGAACAAGGUACUUUCAUCAGAGUAUGUUGUUUUCGAUCAGGACCAUGCAGUUUUGUAAAGCUCUUUAAAAUGAAGAUAUCCUCAGAAUUCCUGCUUGAAACAACUGAACUGAAGUGAAUUAGCAAACUUUGAUUUGACAAUGCCAACUGUACAUGUUGUAAAUCUCAAUAAAGAAAAAAUGUG